AUGCUUACAUCUACAAUCGAAGACAUCGAAGCUGCCCUGGUGGAACAGAGAGCUAAUCUUCUACCUGACACAGUUAAAGACGAGCUCCAGUUUAGAGUUAAGCAAGCAAAAAGCGCGAUCUUGGCUUGGAAAUCCCACCUUCUUCGAUCAGUUAACCAGGACGCUGCACGGACUGACGUUUUGGAAAAACUAGACGAGUCUUCAGUGCUAUUGGUGCAAGACUGGGCAAUGAAGUAUUUGCCUAGAAAAUACAGGGAGAGUCAAAAAGAUUGGUUUGGCAAACGUGGAAUUCCUUGGCAUAUAACAGUAGCAACGAGAAAAGGUGUCACUGGGGACGUGGAGAUGCUAACAUUGGUCCACAUAUUACCAAGUUGCAGUCAAGAUAACUGCGCCGUUCUUGCAGUUAUGGCAGAUGUUAUCAAGCAGCUCAAGUCAAUCAUGCCUGGCCUGAAGUCAGUCUUCUACCGUCAAGACAAUGCUGGCUGCUAUCACUGUGGUCCAAUCACAGCUAGCGCCAGAGUAUUGGGCUUGCAACAUGGCGUCACCGUCAAAGGUUUGGAUUUUUCUGAUCCGCAGGGAGGAAAGGGUCCAUGUGACAGGAAAGCUGCAACAAUUAAAUCGCACAUGAGGAUUCAUCUCAACAGCGGCAACGACAUCGAGGAGCAACCGACAAAUGCUCCAGAUGUUUUUACGUGUCCCGAAGAAGGAUGCAAUCAAACUUUCUUGCGGCAUUCCUCUUUGCAAAGGCAUUUAGAUUGUGAAAAACAUAGCAGAGUUUUGGAAUGUGAAAGUCUGUUAGAUAAAGCGGUUCUGAGCUAUGCGGAGGCUUUAGAGGGCCAGGCGGUUUCGAUACCAGAGAUAGGGGCAACGGAAGGAAAAGAAAUGACUCCUGUAGUCAACUGUGCAGCUGACUUAGCAAUGGGUUGGGCACUGAAGUCUUCAUCAAAGAAAGCUCGGUUUUCAAAGAAACAAAAGGACUAUCUGAUAGGAAAAUUCCAAAUUGGUGAAAAAACUGGUCAGAAAGCAGAUCCUUCCUCCGUUGCUCGUGCAAUGCUGACAAUAAGAAAUGUAAAUAGAGAAAGAAUGUUUACCAGCGAAGAAUUUUUGACAAGUUCUCAGGUAACGAGCUUCUUCUCUCGCCUAGCAGCGAAAAAAAGGCUGUCUGAGGAGGGCAAUGAUGAAGAUGAUGAAGACUUUGACGAUUUGGAAAACGCAGCAAUGGAAGCCCACAUUGAACUGCUCACCAACGAAGUUGCCUGCGAAUUGGUGCCACAGCACCCAAUCAUGUAUAAGACAUACAAUUUGUGUGAUAUCAUAUCAAGGUCACAGUUAAAGAAAUUUAACAUAUCCGCCCUCAAAGAGAUCUGUGAUUCUUUGAUGAUCGACGCCACAGAUGUAUCUGCCAAACGCAAACAGCCUUACAUUGAAAAAAUCGAGGAGUUCUGCACUGGCUGCACAUGUCGCGGGUAA